AUGGAUCUGGCAGCCCUCGCAGCGGGCGGGGUUGGGAGCCUCUUUGGCUACAACCGUGAGAACUAUUUCUUUGAUGGCAAGCAGCGGAUCAAGCGAAUCUACCAAGGCCAGACCAUGCGAGUGAAGCAGUUCGAGCUCUUUCGAGAAGAUAUCCGAGACUUGAUGAAUCUCACGGUGGCCAAGAUGGACAACUACUUGAUAGUGAAUACCAUCCAGAUUGGCUUGGUGGUGGUGCUCUUUACUGAGGGUCGGCCGAAGCCGGGCGACGCCCCGCCGUGGCUCUUGUUCCUGUGGGGAGCCUCGGGGGUCGGCUCCUUCAUGUACAUCGCCCUUUGCAUUUGGUUGGCCAUGCAUGCGUCCAUUUGUUCGCACUCCUACUGCGUGCGCAUCCUGACGCAACUUGUGCGACUGCCCAUUCCCACGAAGGAGCAGUUGGAUGCUGCAAGGGUCCUGGCGACCGACUUCGAAGGAGCCGAAGUCAGGGAGAUGCUUCGCUUUCCCGUGGUCAAGCAGCAGCUGAAGAAGCUGAAAACCAUGGUGGAGCAGAUGGAAGAAGAGCAGCUGACGGAGGAAGCGACCUAUGGCAGCGAUGCCGCGAGCGACCCGGGAGAGGAAACGAUGCUGGAUGCCUCUGGUCGUCCCGUGCAGAGCGACACCUUGGCACAUGUGAAGCUUUAUCGUCGCAUGCAGGCGAAUUGGCAAGCCUAUGACGCGUACGCACGUGUGUGCAUGGCAAUGGGCACCAACCAAUUCUUGCAGCAACUGGGCUACACCUGCUUGAUCGGCUUCAUCUCGGAGAACCACUCCGUUCUACCGGGGAUUUGUUCGGUGGUGAUCUUCAGUGUUUGUGCCGCGCUGCUGGUGCGCUUGGACCUCUACUUGCCGUUGCAGCACUUGGUCCUGGCGGGGAUUCUGAAUACGUUGCCACCAAUGAUUGCCGGGGUGAGUUUGAUCCUCAACAUGUUGACGUUGGACGGUAAAAGUGCAUACUGGAAACUCUUGGGCGAUUCGCUGGUGCCGGCGGCCUUCUUCCUGCACAUUCUUUGGCUUGGCCUUCUGCUGGUUUGGGCAAAGGGCAAAGUGAUCAACAACAUCUAUUUGCCCACGAUCUUCCGGGCUGUGCUCUACUUGGACGUCUUCGGCUGGUUAAGUUCCGAAGAUCGUCAGGAGUCUCGAACGCUCACGGGGGGCUGCAGAGGACCCGGAGAACACGGCCGACUCCUUCUCCGGGCUGAGCGUGGUUCAAGAGGAGGAGCCUUCCCAACCGAGCCGCCUACGCAUCCCCGGAUCCGAUGGGCGUCGACAAAGCCUCCGAGACUCCUUAGCCAAGCUCUGCAGCGAAAUGAAGAGCGACUUGGAGAAGGACCUGAAGUGUUUCGAAGCUGA